GUGGAGACUGUAGACUGUCCUUUUGAGAUAAAGCACAGCAAGUCUAAGCAAAUAGAAUUUGAGCCCGAGUAUUCCCUACUCAGCACUUCUAAUACUGCAAAUAACCAUGUGCAUAGUGAAAAUGCCAGUGGGGUUUGUUUUGAUAUGGGUAAACUCAGAGCUGAACUUCCAGUACUGGACCAACAUGACGCUGUUUCUAUCUCCUUCGACCAAUCUGACUUUGAAGCUGCCAGGAGCCUGUGCAAGCUUGUUUAUGUAAGUGACAAUAAGGAACUGAUUAAGGAAGCAGUGAGAUUUUCAGAAAUGUUGAGGAACUUGGUUGAGGGAAAGUAUGGCAAGGAGGCAUUGAAGUAUAUAGAAAGGCUUGUUCCUACGUUUUACUGCAAGCCGGAUUAG